AUGAAAAUAUUCACUGACCGGUGUGAUGUCGCGUGGUUGCGUUUGAUGGCGGACCCGCAUAUCCGUGGCGACGACCUUGUUGUGAAACACGCCGUCGCUACCCGUAUUUCUGAACAUGUAACGUCAGCUAAUAUUAACGAUUUCAUCGUACGGCAUAAAAUGCUAGAGAUUCACGCGCAAAUAAAGAUGGUGGGAAACGGCAAGAGGCACAAGCUCGAUUCGACGACACCAACGCUCCUCGGGCCGCAAUUUGACUCCUCGUGCAUUGCCCUCGAAAGGAUGAUCGAGGUUGACUGGGUCUACAUUUGGGCUAAACAGGCGCGACCGCUUGAGCGUGAAACACAGCGGGCUGCACGUCGAGCGCAUUCUGAUUGGGAGAGAAAGCAGAAAGCGAAGAAGAAAAUCGAGUCCAAGCACAAUCAGGAGCGAAAGCAAAAUAUUUGCGAAGUAGAAACUGCAUCUGUAUCGGCUGCGCCGUAUGUCGCCCGAUUGGCGGCAGAAGCUGAGCACAACGAUGUGGGAUCUGUGUCAGAUGGUGAAUGUCGACAGGAUUACCGUGUACUAUCUGGACUCUCCCUGAUAGGGCACUACACAGUCGCUAAUUAUCUCCCACUGUGCGAUGCGCGGACCGCAGUCGGUCGGUCGGCGAUCGGCCUUUCUGGUUAG